AUGAUUUCUACAUCUUCAUUCAAGCGGUUUCCGCCGCCGCAGUCAUAUGCAUUCGUCUCAUUUCCGGUGCCGCAUGUCAUGCUGGUCGUGUUCAACCGUCCAAAGGCCCUUAACGCCAUGACCAGCGCGGCGCAAUAUGACCUUGAAACACUCUUCACCUGGUACGACAGCGAGCCAUCUCUACGUUGCGCCAUCGUCACUGGCGCCGGACGCGCAUUUUGCGCUGGAAUGGACCUGAAGGAGUGGAACCAGCUCAAUAUUCGACGCGCAAAGGGCGAACAUACCACCCAGGCGCCAAUGCCGCGGUCAGGCUUUGGAGCUCUUUCUCGCCGACAUGGCAAGAAGCCCAUCAUCGCGGCCGUCAAUGGUAUCGCGUUUGGGGGUGGUAUGGAGAUUGUCUCCAACCUUGAUAUGGUCGUUGCCGUGAAGAGCGCACUGUUCGCGCUACCCGAAGCCAAGCGAGGCGUCGUCGCGAUGGCGGGCUCCUUACCCAGACUUGCUCGGACUAUUGGACGGCCUAGAGCGACGGAGCUCGCGCUCACUGGCAAGAGCAUUACGGCUGCGGAGGCCAAGGAGUGGGGUUUGAUUAAUGCUGUGACGGAAGAUGGCGCGGCAGAUGAUGAUAUUUUGGACCGGCCAGUCGUCAAAGCUGCAUUGCAGUAUGCUGCUAGCAUUUGUGAGAACAGCCCCGAUAGCGUGAUCAUCAGUCGCGCUGGUAUCGUGGCUGGCUGGGAAGAUGGAAGCGCGGAAAACGCCAGCCGUCUUCUCAGUGAGAACUGGGAACCUGCAUUGAACGAGGGCGAAAAUCUCCGAGAAGGCCUGCGGGCUUUUUCUGAGAAGCGAGAGCCUCGGUGGAUCGACAGCAAGUUGUGA